AUAUAGAUUUAUGAAAGUUUAUAUGAUAGAAUUUGUAUUGUGUAGGUUAUCUUUUGUAGGCUAUAAAUAAUAGCCAAGAUCAUCAAUACAAGAAAAAGCUAUUCUCUCAUAAAUAAUUUGUCAUUAUUACAAAACCAUGAGUCCCCUAAUACUAGAUAAGAACGAUUAUUUCUUACGAUAUGGUGGAAAGGAGCAUGUGUCAAUGUUAAAGUUGAAGGCAGUAAAUUCAGGUAAUCCACAUUCACCCCAUGUCAAAGAAAAAGACUGGGAAUUUGUUGAAACUGUUGGAAUUGGAAAUCAAUACAAACAUCAGUCAUUAGAUAUCUUUGGUCAAGUUAUUCAAGGCGAUGCUCUAAAGAAGCUGGCUUUGGAUCUUCUACAAUCGCGUUUAUUGAUCAAUCGCGAAGGCUAUUGCUAUUUGGAGUCUGAGAUUGUUCCAUCGUCCUCAUCAUCAUCUACCUCGAGUUUCAGUAAUAGAGUACUAUCGGCUCAACGAUCUUUUCGGCUGGGUAACUUACAAGGUAAAGCCUAAAAUCACUACAGUGUGGAAUCGGUGUGAAAUCGAAGGAGGACAAAUAAUAAUCUCAAUAAAGGGUGACAUAGUUGAUGUCAACAAUAAAAAUAACACUACUACAAUCCCGAGUAAAACGAAUGUGGCUAAGCCAAAUGAUGGAAAAGAUGAUAAAGAUAGUAGUGACGAUAGUAUUGUGACAGAGAGCUAUGAAACAAGGCUUAAGGAUUUGUUAGUACAGAUGGAUGUGCUACAACGUAAGCUAAAUUCGUUACUCGACUCUACAACGACAAAUAAUAAUACUAGUCAGUCUUCGUCCUCGUCCAUCUCACCCACAGUAUUACCAACACCUCUUCCUCUACCAGGACACUACACAUUCAAAACGGAAGACAUUGAUAAAGUACUAAGAUUUGGCGGCCGAUCACGUUUAACAGCGCCAGAUCAGUUCCUCAUUAAAAUUAAAUCAUACAAAGACCUCCUACAGUCACUUAAAGAUACUCAAACCUGCGAAUUUGAAACCCCGACUUUUAGCUUCGCUCAAUCCGGUAAUAUGAAGUGGUUAAUGUCUAUCUAUUUUAAGGGUGAUCAAGACGCAAAUGCUGACGAUCAUAUUUCACUGUACUUAAAGAGAUGGGUUGAUCCAAAACAAAAUAUUCAGUAUCCUCCGAUUACAGUGCUAGUCCGGUUUUUCAUUUAUAAUUAUGAAACGAAGGAGUAUUUGACCAUCCAAGACGUAAAGGAACAAGUAUUCAGCGAUAAGUUAGAUAGAAAAGCAGGAAUCUCAAGGGCGAUUAAAAUAGCGGAUUUCGAAGAACCUACAAAUGGGUUUCUAAGAGGUGACAAGUGUAGAUUUGGGGUCGAGAUGAAAGUCUUAGAAAAUAGACCCUCAAAUUCUGAGUUCCUGGUGGUUCCAAAUUUAAUCAAUCAAUGGGGUAAAAUAACUUUCCCAUCUUCAUCUUAUCGCAACCAACCGGAUCCGAUUUCUACUGAGAGCUUCAAAGUUGACGACUAUACCUGGAAGGUACAAAUUUAUCCAAAUGGAAGAAGCUCAGAGCAAAACCAAAGCUUUUCGGUAUUUUUGGUAUUACAAAAAACGACUAGUACUGCAAAUGAGAAACACGUAUACGCUGAAUUUGAGCUCAUCUUGAAAGAUAAGAAUAAUGGUCCUGAUAUUAGUAAAAAAGGAUUUGCAUGGUUUACUCAGUCAGACAACACUAAAGGGUUUGAAGACUUCAUUUCUAUUGCCGAAUUCAAAAAGACUGAUAAAUACACGAAAGAUAAUUCUUUGAUUAUUCAUGUGCAUAUCAAGAAAUUGUACAAGCAGGUUUGACACAGUCAAUUGAUGCUAAGUUUGUAUUGGCUAUCUUCAGCACGACGAGGAUAUGGGAACAUCUUAUGCCAUUUAAGUCAAUUUAUUUGACCCGAAAGUUUUAAUACUGUUUAGAAUAAUUGUAUGAAUUGAAUCAUAUAUAUUUUCAUUUGGAAUUUUCUGUUAUUUUCCUUUAUUCACGAGGUGUUUGUUAUGCAGAAUUUGGGUUUCAAUUUCUCCAAAGUUAUUGCUCAUCGUGAUGAGUCGUUGUUGGCUAUGGAUUAUAAAGUCCAUAACAUUAAGAAUAUUUUUGUUUACAAAAAAUGAUGAUUCAUAUGUUAUUGUGUUGAAAAUUGU